UUUAUUCAUAUACCUCCUAUGAGGUCAUGACGGAACUUUAAAAAAUAUAUAUAUAUGCAUGUACAUCCUCGUGAAACAACGCAAGUGCACUGCCAGAUAAAUUGGAGCCUGUGUGAGGAUGAAAAAGUGAAGAGAAGAAAAAACGUUGCGCCCAUUCAUAGCCAUGUUUGCAUACAUAUAUCAUAAACAAACUAGAGUCGUUGAAAUUGAGCCCAUCAGAUAUCAAUAAAGGGGUAAUAAAUAUGUAGUAAUAUCUCAGUGUGACAGUACUGACAGUGACAAAUCAGUGUCGGGUAGCUCGACUGCAGUUUGAAUGAUAGAACUCAGCAUACCUAUUGCAAAUUGUAACAAUUUUUAUUUUUUAACUCUGAGGCUGAGGUCUGAGUCUGAGAUUAAAAAAUCAAUGUCAUAAGUCAUAACUAUCACUAAAAAUACUACACUAUUUGCAUACAUAUAUGUCUGAUUAGAUAACUCUCGUAUCGAAAGGUAUCGCAACAAAACAACACCUAUCAGUUCUCGGUAUGAUUGUUCUUAUCACAGUUCACGUGAUUGCCUCCGUGUAAAUUAAUCCCAAGAGCUGAUACUUAUUAACAAAAGUUAUGAAUCAGCGGGCGGACAUAACUUCUCAGUUUACGCUCGGUGGAGGUGGAGGCAACUGCCAACUGUUAACAGAACGUAUUUCUUAAUCAAGCUGCACCUGCAGUCAUUGUCGCUGUAGAUAGAUAUGCAGCAAAACUUGAUGAUCCUGAACAUUGACAGCAGCAGCAGCAGCAGCAGCAGCACUACUUUUGCAUUCCUGGAUGUGAUGAACAAACAAGUAUUCUCCGACCCACCAGGAACUAUCAGCUGUCCAAUUGACACGUCGUGGGUUAAAAGUUAGCUCAUUGCACUACCCUCAUUCUGUGUCAAUUACUAGUGCUUUUGUGUACAUACAUUGUCGAGAGAGAGAGAGAAAUAGAAAUAGAGAUAUUUCCUCUACAUUGAUAUUGUACGAUUAUUCCGGCUGAAUCAUUGAGCUGCUUGUAAUAAUGGCACAGGAGGACACGAGGAAUGCUGAGACGACGAGAGACAAUGUCCUCAACAAGAGUUCGUGGAGUGAGGCUACAGAGAGUUGUGAAGAGGACAACAGCUGUCUGCUCGAUGCCAACUCCCAACAGACCAAACAAAGUAGUGCUGAUCAAGGAGCCACAGAUCAUAAUACUCGCCACACCUUGAAGUACAUGCAGGAUAAGAUGCGCAGAAAAUUGAGAUUCUUUUUUAUGAAUCCUAUUGAAAAAUGGCAUGCAAAGAGGAGAUUUCCAUACAAAUUUGUCAUUCAAGUCAUAAAAAUAUUUUUAGUUACCAUACAGUUGUGGCUUUUUGCUCACAAUAAUUAUAUGCAUGUCAACUAUGCCUGGGAUAACAGGAUUUCUUUUUCACAUUUGUUUCUUCGAGGCUGGGAUGCAACUCAAGAGGUACCAGCGUACCCGCCUGCCACCGGACCCCUCGCUCUUUACAAAAAAGACGAAUUUUACGAGACAAUAGACUAUGCCUUGGACGGAUAUUACAAUCUUAGCAAUGCCAUCGGAUCUUACUCGUACACUGCCGAGAACAAUACCGUGGGUCGAGUCAUUUUAUGCCUGUACCACUAUGAGCAGGGAAUCAUAUUCGGCUUCAACGAGAGCUAUAUUUUCAACAGCAAGAUCGACGAGACCUGUUUAAAUAUAACCAAAGAGGAGAGAAAAGCAGCUGGAUCGAAAAUUCUGCUGCACCAGAGCGACAUUAAAGUAAAUUUCUCGGCUCUAGUCAGGGCAGAGCUAAAAUUUGCCGUCAAGACUGUAAACCUUAAAGUUGGCGGGUUGUUCUCACCGCCCGACUGCUACAAGUUCAAAAUCAAAGUGAUCCUCGACAACAAGGACUUUGACGGUCAGAUGCUGCUGUCGCUCGACGCGGAGCCGAUGCGACUUAUCUGUCAAGGCGACACCCAAUACAUCACGGACAACCAGAUCGAGUCGGCCCUGCUGACGGUACUGAAUUUGCUGGUUAUCGGUAUUUGCAGUGUCUCGCUCGGGUUAUGCUCGCGCGCUAUCUACCGCGCCCAGCUGCUCAGACUGGACACGAUGCGCUUCUUCAGGAGCGCUUUCGGCAAGGAUCUCAGCCUCGAGGGCAAGUUCGAGUUCCUGAACCUCUGGUAUGUGAUGAUCAUCGUCAAUGACAUCCUGAUAAUCCUUGGCUCUGCCAUCAAGGAACAGAUAGAGAAAAAACAGUUUGGCAACGACCAUUGGAACAUAUGCAGUAUAUUCCUUGGCACGGGCAAUCUGCUCGUCUGGUUCGGUGUGCUGCGCUACCUCGGCUUCUUCAAGACAUACAACGUAGUCAUACUGACCUUGAAGAAGGCCGCUCCAAAGGUUGGGCGAUUCCUCAUCUGCGCGAUCCUCAUCUACGCGGGCUUCACCUUCUGCGGCUGGCUCGUUCUCGGGCCCUACCACAUGAAGUUCCGUUCACUCGCCACGACCUCUGAGUGUCUGUUUGCCCUCAUAAACGGCGACGACAUGUUCGCAACCUUUUCCAUCACCUCGUUCAAGUCGCCCGUGCUCUGGUGGUACUCGCGCAUCUACCUUUACAGCUUCAUCUCGCUCUACAUCUACGUCGUGCUCAGUCUCUUCAUCUCCGUCAUCAUGGACGCCUACGACACGAUCAAGCUUUACUACCGGAGUGGGUUUCCCAAGAAUGACCUGCAGUCCUUCAUCUCGGAUUGCACGGACGAGGCCUCAAGCGGCGCCUACAUGCGCGACGAGUUGGACGAUAACGGAGCUGACUUUGGAGACUUCAUCGCGCGCAUCUGCUGCUGCUGCGGUCGCGAUCGGAAGCCGGCCGGUGCCAGCAGCGCAUUCGCCGCAUUGUCGAGCUCGAGCAGCAGCAGCGGUUUUGCCGGUGACUCGGGACAGGUCGGCUCGAGCUACAUAUGCAUUUGAUGGCCCGCGAUUUAGCAACUGCCUCCGCUGUUGCAGCGAUCGUGGCUUGGCCGUUGGCGGAGGGAGUCGGCGAGGAAACCGGCAACCUCUGUCAUCUACGUUUAGACCGUACUAUGGCUCGAUGGAUGAGCGCUCGCUUCCUCGCGGCUCUUAAUCGCGGUGUUUUGGGUGAGAAACGAUUGUUUUUGGUUUAUUGUAUUUUUUUAUUCGAUAACUGCCUCGAACUUUCGAGGCUCCAUGUUACCACUGGCAAAUUGCCUUGUAGAAAAAUAUUUUUUUAACAAGUGUGAUGUGACCAAAAAAUAUUGAUGUAAAUAGAUUUAUACAUAUUAAUUUUAAUUAUCGACGCUGACUUGGAUUUCGAUGUUCAUGCAAUAGCGAUGAUGUGUUUUGUCCAAUUUAAGGACAAAGAUAAAAACUUUACGUAUUCUAUGCGCUUAGAAAAUUUAAACCGGUGUAAAAAUUGAUCUUGCUGGACUGUUGAUAAUAGCUUCAGAGGUCUUUGGUUACUCGAGAAAAUAUUUGCUCUCUUAUUCGCAUGAAAUCCCCUACUUUGGACGUUCACUGCGCCCUCAGUUGGAAAAAUUUUCUUUGCACUUGGUGCGAAUCUAACCAGGGCAAGCACAAGGAGUUCCUCAGGCCCUGCUUUCCAGGUCCCUCGGGUUUGCUGCUUGUCCUGGUGACACGCACCACCAGAUACGAAAAUAAUCAUUUUUAUUGAUUGGCCGUCAAUUUAGAAGCAACAAAUAAUUUUUUAACGUCCCUCUCCUUUAUGUGUUUCCAAUCGCAAUCGCAAAAGUUGGAUAAUUAUUUUAUAUGUAUUGAUCACCAUAUACGCACAGAAUAUUCCAUAAAACUGGUUAAAAACUCUUUAUUAUGAUGUGUUAUUUAAAGUAAGAUAGACAAUCGAUAAUAUAAUAUAAAGAAAAAUAAAUUAUAUAACGUUAAAUAGUUUGAAAAACGCUUGGAAACUCCUUACGUGUUAGACUUUCCCUAAGUCAACUAGACAUUGAUCAAAUUAAAACAUAUUCCUUUUAGCUGAAUUAUUAAAUUCGUUGUUUUAAUGAAACAAUUGAAAUUUAUUUUAUUUUAUGAGAAAUGUUUUUUUUUUUAUUUCUAAAAUUACUUAUUAAGUACUACGAUCGUGGAAGAGACGAUGAUUGUAAAAAAAAUAAGAAAAAGAAACAAAAACCAUAUCAAUUGUCAACAAAUGACGUGUAAUAAAGGUAUUAAUUCAUAAAUGUAUUACUUGCAAGUCACAGUAAAUAGUAAAUAUCAGAGAAUAUAGAGUAUAUUUAUAUUCUCUGAUGUUUACUGAUAUAUAUAUGUA